UUCACUCUUCAUACUUUCGUGGUUGUCUGUAUUAAAAGCUAGAACUCUAGUAUGCUUAUAGCUAGUAAAACCUUUACUUAGUAAGUUGCUGAGUUUGCUAUGUAGAAACAAGAGUACUGCUUUCCAGAGGUUCAGUUUUGUAUUCUGACGAAGUUCUAUUUAGUGUUUCUUCUGAAAUCCAGUUCAAGGUCAUGACCAUGUGCUUUCCAGAGAUUCAAAGUCUUGUCCUUUCGGAUGCAACCAAUGUGCCAUGCCAUGGAAGCAAUGUGAACUCCCUAUUUGGCCAAGAUCAUGAGAUGUCUACAUUUAUGAAACCUCUCUUGCGACUCCUCCAACGAGCUCUAUUGAAAUGUGUGAAUCUGAAAUUUAACAGAGCCAUCAGCAUGGAGGAUGAGGCAAUGAAUGUCAGCGGUUUUCUGCACGUGAAUGUCCAUAGUCCAGACAUUAGAGAUAGGAAGUUCAGAUUUUGGCUUCGUCUUUCCAGGAUUGGCUUCAAAACAUGACAAAUGGUUGCAUGCUUUGUCUUUUCACUGUAGCUCCAUGUCCGCAUGCUGUCGUGAGGGUGUGUACAAUUUUUUCGUGCUGCCGACUGCUAUUGUGCUUGACACUCACGUUUGCAUUUGGCUCUGAUACUUGUAAUAAUUUGGCCAAAUGGAGAACAUAUACUUUUGUUGAUGUGUAAUAAAAAAAAGUUCAUUUAUAUUCA